AUACAAGAAUCAACUAACAACUAACCAUAACACAAACACUUAUUAUGAGGGCUGUAAUUGGAAUAAAAAAUGACAUAGAUAUCAAAGACACAGAAGCAACAAUUUCACCUCACAAACAGGUUGCAGCAUUUUUGUUUCAAUGCCUUUGGUUAUUUGAUAAUGUCAUUUUUUUGUCACGCACAGCGAGUGUUUUGGCAGCACUAAAAGUAAAUUUCUUCAUCAUAUUCCUUUACAGUUUCGGUUCUGGGUGGGCAAGUCACAACACAAAUCCAGCAUUUUCUUAAUUUCUUGUGCCUAUAACAUACCACUUCACGUUAAAACAUGUCAGCAACCCAUGGCAAAAACCUUUAUACACAGUGUUACAACUAAGACAACAAGUCAAGACAACAGUGAGAAUGAAAAAAAGAUAUGUGCAGUUUUCCUUGUUAUCUCUUAGUUUCCAUUUCAAUUGUAAGCUUUUAAAAUGCAAAGCUAGUCACAUGAAAUACAGUAGAAGAAUCCCAGCCUUCAUAGACUCACUCUCUUUCUGAUACACGCUGAAAAUGGAUCUAAAAUUCAAAGAAGAGAUCAGGAUUGUCCUCAUUGGAAAAACAGGGGUUGGGAAAAGUUCAUCCGGAAACACCAUUCUUGGAAAGGGAGUUUUUCACAAAACCUCAAGCUCCAAGUCUGUGACUAGACAGUGCACAAAGGCUUCAGAAAAUAUUAAUGAUAAAGAAAUCACAGUGGUGGACACUCCUGGAUGGUGUGAUACAGACUUAUCUGAAGAAGAGUUGACAGAAGAAACAUUGAAAUGCAUUGACAUGUCUCAACCUGGACCACAUGUUUUUCUGCUGGUGCUGGCAAUUGGUCGCUUCACAAAAGAAGAGAAAGAAACAGUCCAGAACAUACAGGAGAUCUUUGGUGAAGAUGCCAUCAAAUACACAAUGAUUCUGUUCACGAGAGGAGACGAUCUAGAGGGGAAAAGUAUUGAUGAGUAUGUAAGAGAUGCUGCAGCAGAUCUCAAAGCUUUAGUUGAUCAGUGUGAAGGCAGAUAUCAUGUUUUCAACAAUAGAGAUAAAAGCAGUGACCAAGUGUCAACACUUCUUCAGAAGAUCCAAGAUAUGGUGAGAGACAAUGGUCUGUGCUUUUCCAAUACAACAUAUGAAAUGCUAGAGAAACAUAAUAAAAGACAGGCAGAUUUACAACAGCAAAUGCAACAUGCUGAGAAAGAAAAAGAAAGGAAUAUGGCUGAGCUUCAACAAAUGAAGAAAAUGAUUGAUCAAGAGAAAUCACACCAAGAGCAGCUAAAGGACCAACUGAGACUUCUGGAGGCUGAAAAUCAUAAGAUGAGCUGUGUGCAGAUGGAGCUGGAGGAACAAAAAUUGAAGCAUUGCUUAAAGGAAGAGAAGCUGAGGAGUGAAAGUGAAGAGCAUAACAAUAGAAUGGAGAAAGAGAUCCAAAGGUUGCAACUGGAGAACCAAACCAUCCUAACAAAAAUGCAAGAGCUGCAACAACAACAGCAACAGCUACAGAAGAUAAUAUCUGAUAGCAUGAAUAAAUGCAGUAUUUUAUAAAAAAAAAAGUAUUCUCUAUCUAGAUAAUUUUUCAGGCUUUCAAAACUGCACAUCCAAACAUUAAUUAAAGAUAUGUCAUGACACAAAUGUACUGUAUAUUAAUUAUUAAAAAUGGUCCCAUUGGAAUUAUAAGGUUCUAUCUGCGUUCUGAGCAGUUUUGAGAUAUUGAGCUUCAAAGUUUUUGCAUUACAUGGGGAACAAGUUUCUUUCAAACAUGAAAAUAACAUGUAUAAUUAAUACAAUUAUAUAUUUACACAUAAUAGGUGAACGAUAUUUCAUAAACAUGUUUCUAAAGAAGUGUAAUCUUUAUUGUGAUUAUGAGUACAUUUAAGGUAAAGGCAUUGCUCUGUAAAAUAUGACAUUGUGUACAUAAAAUAUUUGAUCAUCAAAUAAAGUUUCUGAAAAUUAUAUAACCCAAAAAUAUGUACAAAUAUAUCUAAAACCACAGUACACAAGAAUUUCAUUCUUUUCAUAUAUUUAUAAAACACAAAUAAACACAACAAAAGUUGACCACUGUGCUGUACAGAGAGAAUAAUAAAAUAAAAUAGAAAUCAAAACAGUAAUAAUACAAGAGACAUCACCAAAAUUAAGAAAAUGCAAGACUAAAAAGAUAAGACUGGAACUUUGAUUUAAAAUCAUAAACAGACGCAGGGCUGGACUGGGACGAAAAAUCGUCCCUGGCAUUUUGGCCCAGACUGGCCCACUACAUCGGAUCUCAAAUACUAAUGAUUAAAGACGGAGUCCAUGAUGUUUGAAAGCCAAUGUUGAUAUUUGAAAUCACCUAAACAAACACGCCCCUACCCCAAUAGAAUCUGGACCUUCUGUUGAUAGACCUCACACAUACACAACCCAGGCAACGAUGACGGUUAGUAGACACGCUCCUUACUGCUGAUUGGCUAUAAGUGUGUUUUGGUAGUCGCCCCGUCUCCUUUUCCAAAGCGUUUUUCAAACAUCGUGGACUCCGCCUUUAAGUAGAAAAGUAUAAGAGCUGACACGUGACAUUACAAUAAAUGCAAGUCCUGUAGAAGGCUUUGCAGGUUUUAAAAAUCUGCUAAUUGUCUUAGCCAGUGUGCACAAUUUGUAAACUAACCAUUCUGACCACCUUAUGAUAACAAUGAGACCUGAACAAAAGUAACAAUGUAGUCGCAGCCACGAUUCGUGCUAUUACGGUAAGCGUAAGCGUUGACGCUUCCCAUUCACUUUUAAUGGGUGACGUCAAGCGUUGGCGAACAGAAUUGUGGAUCCUUUAGCACCGCGUCACUGCCGUUGCUCGUGGCAGAAGUUGAAGAUUUCUCAACUUUUCAAGCGGCAACGCGAGCAUCAGCCAAUCAGAGCCUAGGCAGAGCCAGCCAAUUACGUUUAUGGAAGACCGGAGCAUGUGCUGCGGCCACUGUGAUUGCCUGUUGGACACACUUCAGACAAGCCUUCCGUCAAGGGUUAACGUUUUCGCCCCGUGUGAAUGCGCCGUUACAGUGUCUGCAAAAUAUUUUGAUAGUUUUUUUUUCUAAACACCGUUUACCAAUUCCAAACCACAGCAAUUUUAAUAACUACCAUUCAUUUUUGUAUAUAUCCUUUCAUCAUAUUUUUGUGACCCUGCUGACCCAAUCAGGAUUUCUUGUCUAAUGGUGACAACUCAAUUUUGCAAUUUUUAUAGCAUGGCACCUUUCCUAUGGACAUUAAAUAAUGAAUUUUCCAGAGUGUGUUAAACCCGUAUUGGCCCAUUUUACCUGUAAAAAUAAAAUGACUUUUAUCAAUGGGAUAUCUAACGACUGUGUUUUAAAAGCAGUUCUGCUUACCGAGGUCCACUCGCUUCUCCCUCGUCUCUUAUUUUGACAGACGCACACCAACGCUGCAUGCUCCAUAAUAAAUCCUGAAAAGUUUUUUAAAAUGUGAUUGGGCUAGCCACAUGUCAAAUAAAAAAGAACCAAUGGGCUGCGGAUUAGGUGUCUCAUGGGCCGGUCUGUCCGAAAAAAACAAACAUCUUUUGCUAUUUUUUGGGGGAAAAUGCAGUACAUUGCCACCCUGCCUUUUAGCGUCAUUAAUGAAUUACGUAAAAACAGAAAGAAAGCAACGGGCCGCGAUGGUCGAGUGUUAUGGGCUGGUCAGGCAAAAAUAGUAUGAGAUGUAUCGACACAAAAAGUACGUCCGGGAAAUUGCCGGGUCUGCCAGAUGGCCAGUCCGCCCCUGAACAGACGAAGCAGAUCUUACAGAUAAAGGAAGACUGUCCCAUUACUUAGGACUGGCCACUGCAUUCUCAUUUGCAUUCUCAUUGUGUAGUGCACUAGAGUGUUUCCUGUACAUAUGACAAUAAACUCUUGAAUCUUAAAGCUUUCUGUAUGUUAAAUUAUCCUAUUCAAAAGUACUGUACAUAUCUGCAUAUCUCAUGCUAAACAUAGGCAAAGCCAGUUGUCAGUUGUCAAAAAACCAGUUGGACAUAUGACAGAGUAUUUCUGCGCCAAAAUGCACUUCGCCAGGGUUCUGACAAGUAAUGGAUUCAUAUGUUAGAAUAGGGGUUAGCAAAUGACCAAAAUAAAACGGAAGUCAUUCAUUUCCUAUGGAGAGUUGCAAAGGGGCUGAGUGAGGUGCCGACCAUUUGCAGAUGCGUAAUUUUUGGAACCGUUUAAAGCGUUGGAUCCAUAAAAGUUUUUUACUUGUGCAACACGAAUGUGAUAUGCCAACCGGAAGUAAUGUAUUUCAGUGUAUUUCAAUCAAAAACUGUAAGUGAGGUAAGAAUGAUUAAUCCUUUUUGUUGAACUUUAUCAGUAACAUUUGAAUCUUAAAAAAAACUAUUGAUUACUGAUAAGUAAUAAAUUAUUAAUUUAAUAUGUAUAGGUUUUUUUUUAUCUUGUCUCCAUAUUAAAAAUAUUGGUAGCCUUUGUUCAUAUAUGCAGAACUGUUUAUUGUUUCAUUCAAUUUGCGUUCAUUUUUUAUUCCACUAUGGUAAAUAUUGAAAUAAAGCUUCUUGUCCUUGAAUGAGCUUUCUCUCCCAUGUUACUAUUAAAAUGACACUUAUUUACGAUUGCCACCAGGGGGCGAAGUCUGACAAACGUGUCGUUAUGUCGUGUGCAGUGAAAGGGCGGCUUAAGGCCUAAAUGGUCGUGUUUAUGAGGAUACUUGCAAAGACGGGAAUUUUGAUGCAUUUGUAUUUUAAAGGCCAAUAAAGCAGCAAAAAUGCUCACGAACUUGCAUAGCAACAUAUGCACGGCUUUUGUUUUCCGGUACAUUGGCACAGAGCUUAAAAGCCGAAGGUAUAUUAGGGACGUCCGCAUAUGCGCGCCGUCCACAUGACGUCAUUUUCGUCAUCAGGAGUGUCCACGGUUGUUAAUCGGCUACUUUGAAAGUUUCGCUAAGACAGACGUGGAGGAAAACUAUA